AUGACAGAAAAUACCAAAAAUGUUAUUAAAGGACAAGCUCCAGAUGGUGGCUGGGGUUGGUUUGUUUGUCUUGGAAGCAGUCUAAUUACGCUCUCUUUGCGAUCCUUGGAUCCAUCAUUCGGAUUAUUAUUUAAAGAUCUGUUGAAGGAUCUCAACGUCGAUUCCAUUGGGACAUCAGUUAUAAUGAGCGUCUUAGAUGCUAUUGUCAAUUUUUCAGGCUUUUUAGUUGGUCCAUUAUUAAAAAAAUAUUCUUACCGACAAGUUGCAUUUUUUGGAUCUUUGCUAAGCUGCAGUGGUUUAAUAAUUACAUCGCAAGCUGAUAGUAUAAUAUAUAUUAUUUGCACUUAUAGUAUAUUAGGAGGUUUAGGUACCGGCCUUGCCAUGGCUUCCUCCUUCGUUGCAUUAAAUACAUUUUUCGACAAAAAACGUGGACAAGCAGUAGGUUUUUCUAUGGCAGGAACCGCGUUAGCAAUGAUGUGUGUACCAUUGUUAGUACAUAUGCUUCUGGACGUAUAUGGAUUUCGCGGCACAACACUUAUCGCCGGAGGAUGGGCAUUACAUUCUUUAGUAGGAUCAUGUUUGUUACGUCCACUUAAAGAACGAUCGUCGAUACUACCAAUCAAGAAAGAGCCUGAUGAAAAACCAGAGAAUGAAGCUUUAUUAAUGAAACCGACUCACACUGGAGCACGAAGAAUGUCAAAUGGAUCAAUGUGGGCCAAAGAUCAAAUCGCAGACAUCGAAUCAGUGUCACGAAAGAAAUCGUUUAUGAAGAAUCUAAAAACAUAUUUCGACUUGGACCUUCUUAAAAAUUCCACUUACUUAAAUACUGCUUUAGGUUGCAGCUUUUUUUAUGUGGCUGAGUCAAACUUUAAAUUAAUGACUCCUUUCUUUCUAUCGAAUCUCGGAAUGAAACAAGCGGAGGUAGCCUUUUGUCUGUCGCUGACUGCAUUCACCGAUAUCCUCGCUAGGUUGCUGUUACCAACACUAUUCGACAAAUUCGGUUGGAAAAAACGCAUAAUUUUUUGGAUUUCCGGCUUCCUCGUUGGAAUUACACGCUCCAUACUAGCGGAACAAACAGAAAAAACACCGUUGAUUGCUACAUUAGUAGUAGCUGGAUUUCUACGUGGUGCUACAUUGGUGAAUUUAAAUCUCUGCAUAUCCGAAUGUUGUACUUUAAAGAAGCUACCAAGUGCAUUUGGAAUAUUUAUGGUGUUUAAAGGCUUAUGCGUAAUCGUUAUGAGUCCUUUAAUUGGAUACAUCAGAGAUGUCAGCGGAAGCUACAAAAUCUGUAUUCACGUGAUGACUGCCAUGAUAUUUGUCACAUCUGUCGUGUGGAGUACUGAAUUUUUGUAUCGUGUCUUUUGUAGACAACUUGCUGUUGUUAAGAAAUUACAACGGAGUGCAACAGAAUAA